UGGCAAAGAUGUUGAUGAUGAUAUCACAGAUGCCUCUGAGAACAGCUUUGAAACCACCAUGACAUUUUCUGAAGAAGCAGAAUGUGAUAACAAUCUCAGUGAAAAUCUCUGUUCAGCUGUAGGAGGGAUCGAGCAGCCUUCACCUGUUUAUGAACCAAAGAAGGCUCGGAGCUACCAGAUUGAACUUGCGCAGCCUGCUAUCAGUGGGAAAAACACAGUGAUAUGUGCCCCCACAGGAUCUGGAAAAACUUUUGUGGCACUUCUGAUUUGUGAACACCACUUGCAAAACAUGCCUGCAGGACGGAAGGGGAAAGUUGUCUUUCUUGCAACUAAAGUGCCAGUGUAUGAACAACAGAAAACUGUAUUCAAGCAGCACUUUGAAAGAAGGGGAUAUUCUGUUCAAGGAAUUAGUGGUGAAACAGCUGCAAAUGUCUCUGUAGAAAAGGUUAUACAGGACAGUGACAUCAUUGUGCUGACACCUCAGAUUCUUGUGAAUAGCAUCGAGGAAGGGAUCCUUAGCUCCCUCUCCAUCUUCACUCUGAUGAUAUUUGAUGAGUGCCACAACACUACGGGCAACCACCCUUACAAUGUGUUAAUGACCAGAUACCUGGAACAAAAAUUUGACUCCUCUGCAAACCAGCUGCCUCAGAUUAUAGGUUUAACUGCUUCUGUUGGAGUUGGUAAUGCCAAGAACGUCAAGGAAACAAUUGAGCACAUCUGUACCCUCUGUUCCUACCUCGACAUACAGGCCAUAUCCACUGUCAGAGAGAACAAAGAGGAACUGGAGAGAUUCAGCAACAAGCCAGAUACACAUGUCAGAUGGGUUAAAAUGCGAGUUCAGAAUCACUUUGCAGACAUUAUCUCAGGUCUGAUGUCUGAGACAGAAGUGUUGAUGAGGAAGAUUUACACAGUGGAUACUAUCUCCCAAAUCAACAAGAAUGAUUUUGGAACACAGAGAUAUGAACACUGGAUAGUUGCAACUCAGAAGAAAUGCAGACUGUUGCAACUGACAGAUAAGGAGAAGGAGAGCAGCAUUUGUAGGGACCUUUUCAUUUGCACCGAACACCUGCGGAAAUUCAAUGAUGCUCUCAUCAUCAGCGAAGAUGCCCGCCUUGAAGAUGCUUUAGCCUACCUCACUGAAUUUUUCACAAAUGUCAAAAAUGGACCGUAUACAGAGUUAGAGAAGAAACUGACAGCCAAAUUUCAAGAGAAAGAACCAGAACUGACUGCCCUUUCAAAAGACGAAUCAAAUGAGAAUCCCAAGCUGGAAGAGCUUGCUUGCAUCCUGGAUGAAGCAUACCGCUAUAACCCUGAGACUCGCACUCUUCUCUUUGCUAAGACAAGAGCCUUAGUAGCUGCUUUGAAGAAGUGGGUAGAAGUAAACCCUCUACUUAGCCACAUAAAGCCGGAUGUGUUGAUGGGUCGUGGAAGGAGAGAUCAAAAAACAAGUACGCAGGUUUGCACUGAGGAAUACCACUUGCUAGACCUGUGGUGGUUAUGCUGCCAAAAUUGCUCAGCUUUUCCUGUGUUCCUCUUCUGCGCUCUUGAACAGAGGAAGGCCAUGCAA